AUGUCAUUCGAUGAAAAAUUUGACAGGUUAAAGAUAUCUGGUAAUGAUGUUAAUACUAGAAUUUUAGAGAAAUAUGGUCAUAAAAUCAAAACCGAUGAGUUGAGUUUUACUAAAGGUAAGACGAAUAAGGAUAAGGCCAAUAGAGCCACUGUUGAGAAUGUUUUGGAUCCAAGAACAAUGAGAUUUUUAAAGGCCUUAACAAAUAGAGGUGUGAUUUCAGCAUUCAAUGGUUGUUUGAGUACUGGUAAAGAGGCUAAUGUGUACCAUGCCUUUGCAGGAGAUGGUACCUCUUCUAGAAAUACAGAUGUAAAGGUCGAAGAUCUGGUCAAAUUGACUAGUGUUGAAGUAAACCAAGAUUCAGAAGAAGAUAAUGGUGAUAAUAAUAACGUUGCAGAUAUAGAUGGAUCGAAACCUGAGGGCGUUGAACUUAGAAAAGAAUAUGCAAUCAAGAUUUAUAAAACCUCCAUUUUAGUUUUUAAAGAUCGUGAACGUUAUGUUGAUGGUGAAUAUCGUUUCAGAAAUUCCAGGUCUCAACAUAACCCCAGAAAAAUGAUUAAAAUUUGGGCAGAGAAGGAAUUUCGUAAUUUAAGAAGAAUCCAUCAAAGUGGUGUCAUUCCAGCUCCUAAGCCUGUUGAAGUUAAAUCGAAUGUUUUAGUGAUGGAAUUUUUAAACCGUGGUAAUGGGUUUGCGUCUCCUCGUUUGAAAGACUACCCAUACAAAGAUAGAGAUGAAAUUUUUUGGUAUUAUCAUAUAUUAGUUGCCUACAUGAGACUUUUAUACCAAGUUUGCAGAUUAGUACAUGCCGAUCUUUCAGAAUAUAAUACAAUUGUCCAUCAAGGUAAAUUGUAUAUGAUUGAUGUUUCCCAAAGUGUGGAACCUGAACAUCCAAUGAGUUUGGAUUUCUUAAGAAUGGAUAUUAAAAAUGUAAAUGGUUAUUUUGAAAAAAUGGGUAUUGAUAUUUUCCCUGAACGUAUAAUAUUUCAAUUUGUUAUAUCAGAAAAACUAGAGACCUUUAAAGGUGACUUAAAUAGUGCAGAUGAUUUAAGAGAAUUUGUUAAAAAUAAUUUGCCAAUAAAGUCAACCGAUGAAGAUGAAGCAGAAGAUGAAGUAUUCAGAUCUCUACAUCUUGUUAGAAAUUUGGGUGGUUUAGAAGAAAGAGAUUUUGAUAGGUUCACAGAUGGUAAAUUUGAUUUAUUGAAAACUUUAAUUGCAUCCGAUAACCAAAAGAAUUUUACAGCCUCAGAACAAUAUGGCAUGGAAGAUUUAGAUGCUGAUGACUCUAGCGAAAACGAAGACUCGAGUGCAGGUGAAGAUGAGGAAGAAGAAGAUGAUGAUGAAGAUGAUGAUGAUGAUGAAGAAGAAUAUAGUGAUUAUUCAGAUUCAGAUGAUGAUUCUAAACCUAAAGGAAAGAAAUAUGAGGAUAAGGACGACAAGAAGAAACGUAAACAGGAAACCAAAGAGGCCAAGAGGGAGAAAAGAAAGACAAAGGUUAAGAAACAUAUCAAAAAGAAGUUAAUCAAAAAGACUAAAUCCAAAAAAUGA